UUGUUGGAACAAGCUAAUUAAAAGGAGGGUGAGUGUGUGUGCGAAGUGUGUGUAUGUGUGGAAGAUUUGGAGACAGAGACGCUGCUGCUGCUGCUGCUGCUGCUGCUGUCUCUUCGUCUGCUCUCUCACGCUUCACUGUGGACCAGGAGGCAGCAGGGGGAGAGGAGAGGAAAGAGGAGGAAAGGAAGAGAGGAGAGAGGAGAGACGGACAGCUGGGUGGAAGGAGAUUUUUGCACCACACUUUACCAUCAUCUGAUCUGACAUGGCCACCGCAUAGGAAUCUGGUGCCACGGCAACCGGCAGCUCGGCGACAAGGUAUCCGAGGAUAAGGAGACAAAGAGCUGGACAGAGGGACGGUCAGAGAAACAGAAAGAGGGAUGGCAGUGGAGGAGAAGCCGGGUGUGAAGAGCAGCAGCUCCAUCGUCCCUUGCUUCCUGUUUGUGGAGCUGGUGAUCAUGGCUGGGACGGUGCUGCUGGCUUACUACUUCGAGUACACGGACACCUUCCCUGUGCACAUCCAGGGCUUCUUCUGCUAUGACAAGACCUUCUCUAAGCCCUACCCUGGUCCGGACGACACCAGCAAGAUCCCCCCGGUGCUCAUCUACUCGCUUGUCACAGCCAUCCCCACGCUCACGAUUCUCGUUGGAGAGCUGUGUGCCUUCUUCACCAAGGCAGAGGGAACCCAGGAGAAGACCAUUGUCACUGCAGACUGCUGCUACUUCAACCCCCUACUGAGACGCAUAAUACGCUUCCUAGGCGUCUAUGCCUUCGGCCUGUUCACCACCACCAUCUUCGCCAAUGCCGGUCAGGUAGUGACAGGAAACCAGACGCCUCACUUCCUGUCAGCCUGCCGACCAAACUACACAGCGCUGGGCUGCCAGUCCACCAUGCAGUACAUCACAGAGCGCCGCGCUUGCACAGGCAACCCGCUCAUUGUCAUGUCUGCACGUAAAUCCUUCCCAUCCAAGGAUGCAGCACUCAGCGUCUACUCUGCAGUGUACACAGUGAUGUAUGUGACACUGGUGUUCAAGACCAAAGGCACGCGGCUGACCAAGCCCACCAUCAGCCUCACCCUUCUCUGUCUGGCCAUGCUAGUAGGCGUGGUCAGGGUAGCCGAGUACCGGAACCACUGGGCUGAUGUCCUGGCAGGGUUCUUCACCGGGGGAGCCAUCGCUGUAUUUUUGGUGACUUGUGUGAUUAACAACUUCCAGCAGUUGCAGCCCAGUCUUCCUCCACCACGACCCCAGCGACCUGAGUCCGUGCUGGGCAUGCCCAUGGUGACGCUUCCCUGUGUGGAGAGUCCACUUGAAAAACUCCGCGGGGAUCUCCGUUCACCGAGAUCACAUGACCAUCAGCCCUAUCGGUUCCCCGCCACCCCCGAUGUCCUCAUACCGUCUCGCUCCAUUUCCAGCGAAGUCUAGACCAGUCGGAGCAGCACUCGCCGCACUGUGCCGCCCAUCCGGCUGGGCGGUAUGCAACGCUGCACCGCUCCUAUUCCACGCAGGUCUAGACCUCUCCCAAAACAAAAAAUACAACACACACACACACACACACCAUCCUGUUGCCCUCUCUAAACCCUGGGGAACCGAUAGGCAAACUCUUCAAAGACUUUCUCUUUGCUGGAUACCCAGUAAAGUAAAAUGCUGAACAUUCAGUACAGAGUCAGGUACAUCUUUUUCUUUUUUUUCCCCAUUUUGAAUAUUCUAAUUAAAGACUUUUUUUGUAUAAACUCUAUCAAGUGAAGCUCACUUUCAUCUUCAGUGGUGUGCUCUGUAAGGAAAAACACAUCAAACUGUGACCACUGAGAAUGUCCACUGAUUUUUUUUCCUUUUUUCUUUCACAACUGUAUGAAUGAGUUUUCACUUGUUUGAAGGAGGCACAUGCUGAAAGCUAAACGUGAUGUUGACCCCCUCUGUACUACUCCCAGGAUGCAGCUUUGAUGUGUGCUGUCAGGAGUUUGCCAUGUUGGACCAAAGAAACCCACUGACGGAUUUGUGUGCUGCUGAGAUUUACCCAUAAAAAACAUCCUUUUAGCAAGCCAUACAAACACACACACUCCAAUUUCUCCCCAUCUCUUUCUCUCACCCUCUCUCCUUAUCUCGUCCCAUUCACACACACGCCAUCUCACACACACACACACACACACACAUAGAGUAGUCUGAGUAGGAGUGCCCUAGCCAGCUCAGCAUGAAGUUUACUCAGAUCAAAGGAUUCAUUUCAUAUCUCUCAGCAGAAGCACCAGACAAAAGCAAACAGAAUGAAAGUACAGACAUCUUCACGUGGCUAUCCUCUUCAUGUUUUUUCUCUCAGAUGGUUGCAGCUUCGCCAAAACCUGAUGUGAAAGACAAACACAUUUGAUAAGACAAAGCCAAGCUCCCGACUGCAGGUGGCACGACAACAGUGAGCCAAAUAAAGUGCAUCACAUUCAGGAGCAAAUAUUUGUUUGUUGUAUUCUUUUGAGACAAGGAGCCUUCAUACAAAACACUUCACUUUCAGUGAUGCUGACAGACUUUUUUUUUUUUUUUUUGCCGUUUUUAUUUCUCUGAAACGGCAUCGCUCACCCUGAACUGGUAUUAUUUUUUCACUGAAUCUGGAAAAGAUUCUCUAUAGUUAUGUAAUUAUUGUGAUUAUUUUCUGCAGUUUUAUUAAUAGAUUUAUUUAUUGACAUGUACAUACAAUGUGAUUGCCAUAAGCGCUACAUGUGGCGUGACAGUUUUGCUGAUUUUGAUUUGCACACUCCCUCACAUCCAUGGUUUUUACUCACUUCUCCUUUUUCUCUCCAAACGCAUCUUUUAACAAUUUUUAUUUAGCUCUCUUUCUCUCUCUGUGGCGUUAGUAUCUUGACUAUCACUGUGCUGUGAAAUGUUUCCCUCUGCUGGAUGACACACACACACACACACACACACACGCACACGCACACAUGCAGACAAACACACACUAGAAUAAAGACCUGUUUUACAGAGCACACAAAUAGACAAACAUAUUCAAAAGCACACACAUGCACAAUCACACUUAUAUCCCCUAACCUAGUUGUUACUGUACGUCCCUUCCCCUUAAAUCCACUUUCUAACAAUGAAACUUGUUUGUAUGAUAUUGUACAUAGCUCUUUUUUGUAUUGAGAGUGUGAUUUUUACACAAGCAUUACCAACACUCAAGUGUAGAGAUUGGGGAAAAUCUUGUAUUUAUUAUGAUGAAAGAGAGCAGUGUGUAUGAAGGUGCUGAACCACUCUGAACCAACACUGGAUCGCUUGGAAAACGCCCACAUUACUCACUCUUUGUAUCAAACUACUUUAACUUGCCCAGUGGAACAAGGUCAGACUGGGAGAGCUGUUUAGUCCCAGUUCAGAUUCUACGUGUUCAAAACUUAAUGAACUUUCUGUUUUGAAUUCUCAGCAUAAAUAGUGGGUAUGAAUACAGUUUUCCCUGUUUUUUGUUGUCAAAUCUACAGAAAUGUUCAGAGUCAAAUAUACACAGUAACAAACAUUAGCAUUCAUUUGGUUGUGUUACCCAUCCAGUUGCGUUACUGGCCACCUGAUGAAUAGAAGUUACUUCUGUCUUACAUCUAACUUUGUUUGCUGUUUGGACCUGGCCAGGUAGCACACAGUAGGUUUAUCAAAGUUUUUAUUCUCUCUAGACAGCUGGCUGCUGCUGGUGGAAACGAGGUUGAUAAUACCACUGAGACUGAACCAAAUAGUGAAGUAUUGGGCCCUACAAGCCAAAAGUGUUAACUAUGUGUUACUACUUUUAGCGAAUUCUUUCACCGUACACAUGGUCAUGUAUUGUUGUUAAUACGAAAAAUAUCGAUUAGUACAGUUUUAAACAUUUAGAUUUGACACCCUUGUGGUUUGGUUAGAAAUAGCAUCUCAAAUAUCUAGAAAGAUGAUUUCUUUGUAAGAUAGUCUAUAAACACAUUAGCCAUGACAACUUCACAAGGUGAUUAAAGAAAACCCUGGUAGCUUGCUUAAUGUUAGCUUCAUUGAUUUUAACAUUUGUCUGAACAUUAGACCAUGUCUGUGUCUGUAGAUUUGACAACAAAAAAGUUUGAAAAUUAUAUUCACAUCCACUAUUGCUUGAAAAAUGUGUGCACACAAGAUUUUUAAAAAAGUCUUUGGCGGCUCUGUAGAUCUAUGAACCAGGAGGAUGUUGACUUUUAUAACUUCUAUGUACAGCAUAGCCACAAAGGAUGUGUGCUGUAUUACCCUUAUAUAUUAUCAGGUUGAUCCCAAGCUCUUUUGUCUCCUGUGAGAAAGAAGAAGUAGAGAUAUACUGAGCAUUUUGUACUUGUGAGAAGUUUGACUGCACUGUAUAGAGGGAAAAAGAGAUACUCUGGUGGUUCAGAUGGCCAAGCCACAUUUAUACUGUACCAGAUACUUACAGAAAUAUGAAUUUGAGUCAGACUCAUGACCUUUGCUGCAUGACAUCUCUUUGUUCCCUCAUUUCUUUCUUGUCUUUAAUGUUUCUCUAAAGCAGACAUGCCAAAUAAUCAAAUAACCCUAAUGGAAAAAUAAUAGUAAAAGUACCUAGUACAAGUGCAAGCGUCUCAUUUGUGCAAAAUCUCAGUAUCUCUUCAGCAAUGCAGUCAGUUAGUAUCUGAGUCAGUGUUCACUGUGUGAGCCCUGCCUUAGUACAAGAAAUACAUGAAUGGGAUACAAAAGAAUACACACCAACAGCAAAACAGCCUCCAGAAAGAGCCAGAUUCUCUUCAGGUCAGAAUAUGUUCUCCUCUGGUUCGACUGUCAAACACCACAGCUUUACUUUCCUGUAAAGUCUUUAGUAAGUCAUGUUUUAAAUCAAAGAACAAACACGCUGCAGUUGACUGACAUGUGAAUAAAAAGCACGAUUCUCCUUCAGAUCUGCAACUCUGAGAGAGACAACACUUUCCCUUUGAUCCUGUUGCAGCAAACCCUCUGUUUUGUAAAGAUUAGUGUGAUGAGAACAAUAAAUGGAUAUUGCAAUAAGAAAACCUGUC